UCAUUAUCAGGCAAAAUGAGUCCUUGAUCUGAUCCUUUCUCCUGAGGAGAAACUGGCAUCAUGAARCCGAGACUCAUUUCAUCAGCUCAAAUUAUUUUGCAGCUUGCUCUGACUGCAGUAGGUCUGACUGGUCAAUCGUACCCUGGAAAACCCCAGAUAAUAAGAUGUCGUUCUCUAGAAAAGGAAACCUUUUCUUGUUGGUGGAAGCCUGGCUCAGAUGGAGGACUUCCUAACAAUUACACCCUAUUCUACAGCAAGGACAGUGAAGAAAAGAUCUAUGAAUGUCCAGACUACCUAACAUCAGGUCCCAACUCCUGCUACUUCGAUAAAAACCACACUAAUCCCUGGACAACAUAUAUUAUCACUGUAAUGGCAACAAAUGAGAUUGGAAGUAACAGCUCAGAUCCUCAACAUGUGGAUGUAACUUCCAUAGUUCAGCCAGAUGCUCCUGUGAACCUCUCUCUAGAAGCAAACACAUCUGCUAAUGUGUCAUACCUUUGGGCAAAAUGGUCUCCACCUCCAUUAGCUGAUGCCAGCUCUAAUUCACAUGUUUAUCACUAUGAGCUACGAUUAAAGCCUGAGGAAAAGGAAGAGUGGGAGACAAUAUCCGUAGGAAUGCAGACACACUACGAGGUGACCAGCCUGCAAGCUGGGGCAAAAUACAUUGUUCAGGUGCGUUGUAUGCUGGACCUCGGAGAAUGGAGCGAGUGGAGCUUGGAAAGACGCAUUCAAAUCCCCAAAGAACAGUUACCUCCUGAAAAGCCUACAAUAGUAAAGUGCCGUUCUCCUGAAAAGGAAACAUUUACUUGUUGGUGGAAACCUGCUUCAGAUGGAGGACUCUCUACUAACCACACUUUGCUUUACAGCAAAGAGGGAGAAGAAAAAGUUUAUGAAUGUCCAGAUUACAAAACUGCAGGCCCCAAUUCGUGCUACUUCGAUAAAAAGCACACCUCUUUCUGGACCAUAUACAAUAUUACUGUGAGGGCAACUAAUGAAAUGGGAAGUAAUGUCUCUGAUCCUCAUUAUGUGGAUGUGACUUACAUAGUACAGCCAGAUCCUCCUGUGAACAUAACUCUGGAAUUAAAAAAGUCCAUAAAUAGAAAACCAUAUCUGGUCCUGACAUGGUCUCCACCCCCACUAGCUGAUGUGAGAUCUGGAUGGCUGACCCUUGAAUAUGAAUUGAGACUAAAGCCUGAAGAAGGAGAGGAAUGGGAGACUAUUUUUGUUGGACAGCAAACACAAUGUAAAAUGUUUAGUUUAAAUCCUGGAAAGAGGUACAUUGUACAGAUUCACUGCAAACCGGACCACCAUGGAUUGUGGAGUGAGUGGAGCCCAGAAAUGUACAUUGAGGUCCCGACUGACUUUAGAGUAAAAGAUAUGGUUGUGUGGAUCAUCGUUGGUGUCCUGUCUUCUCUUAUAUGUUUAAUCAUGAGCUGGAUAAUGAUUUUGAAAGGGUACAGAAUGAUGGCCUUUAUCCUACCACCAGUUCCAGGACCAAAGAUAAAAGGCAUAGAUACACAUCUGCUGGAGACAGGAAAAUCUGAAGAAUUAUUGAGUGCUCUCGGUUGCCAUGGUUUCCCUCCAACAUCAGACUGUGAGGAACUACUGAUAGAAUAUCUGGAGGUAGAGGACGGUGAGGAUCAGCAGCUCAUGCCAAGACAUGACACUCCCAGUAAAAACACAAAAAUUAUACUCAAGGAAACAGACAAUGACUCAGGCCGAGGGAGCUGUGAUAGCCCUUCUCUGCUCCCUGUGAAGUGCAGGGAAUCCCGGUCCCUUCCAUCCCCUCUUCAAACACAAGAUGUAAAAGCUAAAGAAAAGAAAGGAGGAAAAGGAAGCUGGGAAACUCAAUGCACAGCCUCAGAACAGAAAACACUCCCUUGUAAUAAUGAGAGUACAAAGUCGUGCACAUGGCUUGCAGCUCAGCUGCCCAGUAAUCAACCUGCUAUGUUUGCCUACCACAGCACUGUGGAGGCAUUUAAGAUAACACUGACUACCACAAAUGUGAACUCUUCACCAGUUUUGGUGGGAAAUGAAGAAAAUCAUCAGUCGCUAUACCCUAUUGCUGAAACUGUCUAUGAUGGCRUAGAAAAGAAAAGCGAGAUGGAGAAUUCCAAAACUGACCAAACCRGAGUGCAGAUCAGACAAAACCAACAUAAUGACAAGUCACCUUUCCUGAAUCCCAAACUAAUGGAUUAUGUAGAAGUUCAUAAAGUAAAACAAGAUGAGGAACCAACACUAUUAUUGAAACAAAAAGCAAGUAGUGGAAAGAGCAAAAAAUGCACUGUUCCAGGAACCAGUAAAGAAUAUACCAAGGUCUCAACAGUUGUAGACCAUCACAUUUUAGUACUAUUGCCAGAUCAGCGCACCCAGCACCCACCUGUAUCUCAAGAACCUGUGGCAGAAACAUCUCAGAACCCUCAGCAAAGCCAAACUGAGAAAAAUACAGGCUACAGCAUGACAACUCCAAGUGAYUCCAGAAGAGACACCAGUGGAUCAGACUACAUGGACCCAUCUUCUUUUAUGCCCUCCUUUAAAUAAUCUUUUAGUACAGCACAUAAAUAGUGGUUAYAUGCAUAAAACAAAAUCACAUAGCAAACAGUCCUUUAAAAAAGCCUAGUCUCCAAAAGUCUAGCCUCUUGUGUGUAUUGUAUAGCUAAUAAAAUAACCUGUGGGUUGAGGUAACAGUCAUGCGAGUAUCUGGAGUAUAUAUAUCUGGAGUAUCUGGGAGAAUCCUGGAUCAGUAGCACACAUUUCUGACACAGUGAAAUGAGKAAAUGGAUCUUGGGUGUCAUGAAAAAUACACUGUAAAAUAAUUAUUCAGCUYUGCAAACCUUCUGUUAGUUGAUUAAGUCUGAGGAAAUACUGCAGGUUCAAUGAAAAUGAAAAUGAAAAUUGUUAUGGGUCAGUCAGCAAACCAUAGUGAUCUGAGCAGUUCCUACAUCAGAUUAAAUCAUUGCACAAUAGUAUUCUUACCUACAAUGUAUUUUCUUCUGAAUGCAUUCUGAUACUAGAUUAAGUUUUCUUUAUCUUUUUUCUCAGUUCUUGAGAAAAGAGGACCUCUUGUAUGUGACAAAUCAUAUAUAAAAGAGAAUAUAUUCUACAAAUUACAGUAAAAUAACAAAUUCUUCUAAAUAUAUUUUUGCUUUGUUUCAGCAUGACAGAAAACUUUGCAUCCCAUUCAUAUCCUAGUCCUGACAAACCAAAAUGAAAAAAGCAGGAUAAUAUCUGAUAUACUGCCUUACUGUAUAUAAUAUACAAUUCUACUUUAAUAUAAGCCCAUAUGUUUAAAAAUGUAUUUUUAAAUGCUAUUUUUCUAUUACCAAAAAUAGAGCAAAAUAAAAUAUUUUUUAAUUUCCCGAUGCUAUUUAGCUACUUAGGAACUUUUCUCUUUCCUUCUGCUGAGGCAGUAACAAGCAAAACUAUGAUUUCUAUACAAAGCAUAAAAUUUAACUUUAUACUAAAUGAGAAUAUGAAGAAAUUUUUAAACUAUAUUUCUAAUAUAUUGCAGAUGUAUUAGUAUUUGAAUUUUAAAUUAUUUCUUUCACAGAUCUUUUAUUAUCUAUAAUGAUAUAAUCAAAAUAGAAUUUAGGUUUUGAGAGCAGAGCUUCUUUCCCUUUGAAUUUAUAUUCUGAUGCCAAUUGUAAAUGGAAUGGGGUUCUCCUGUGUCCUGCACUUUUCUCUGAGCCUGAAAGGAAAGUUUGAAAUCAGAUUUUUCAUAAUGAAUUUAUGAACAUCAGUUUUUGAACCGCACCCCCCUGCCCCAAAGUUGRAGAUAAGAGGAAUAAGGUCUGAGUCAGAACCCUACUGAAACAGCAGUGGGAACAGAAAGGAUCCAUUAUAUCCCAUGUAACCAAAGACGGAAUCCAAACGAGACUGUAGUGGCUGGGAAGUUACUGUGGUCCUUCCUUCUUGAAACGAAAGUUUCAUUUACUCCAGAAAAGUAAGAGCAUGUGAUGACUGAUAUUAAAAACAGGCCAAAUAUUUAGCCAGUAUCAGUAGCUUCAGGGGAAAUUGGAAACUUAAUGUGAGGGAAUGGGAAAUGGUCCUCUACCUGUGAAGGAAAGUGUAUUUGAUAGACGGGCUCUCUUUUGUUCUUCUCCUUCCUGAACAGAUUCUCACCAUAUUUUUAUGAUUUUAUGUACUGAGCCAGCCUUCCUGUGGUAUCAGGUACCUGUUGCAGAGCCAGACACAAGAGAAUUUCAGAUUUUGAAGGUCCCAGAAAGCCACAUCUAAUUUGGUGAACCWAAUUCUCACCCUUUACCUUCAAAGCCAUGGAACUGCUCGAGCACAGAUUUGUCAAGCUGUCUAGCGUUUCCAAAGGCAGGACUCUAGAGUUUAACUGUGUGUCUGUAAUCAUACUUACAUAUAGUAGUGUAGCCUGUAACAGGUGGCAUCAGACUCAGAUCCUGAGUCCACUAUACAGGCAAUUCCCCACUUUCAGAGGCUGAUCAGAGCAGGCUGCAUGYUCUGCCAAAGGUGUGAGAAGGUAUCUAAGGCUCUUAAUUCAGACACUCAUUUAACACAUGGAGACAUGCAGUGGCUACUUCAGAUAUAAGCCAAACAAAACUCUGUCUAGUUAUCAUUAACAGAACAAUUUUACCAUAGACACACUGUAGCAUAUCUUUCAAAUUUCUUGAGACGCUAGAAGUACUGCAAAGAAGCAAUUGAGUUAUGAGGGAACUUGAUAACACACUGUGUCUGGCAGAGUUUUGUUUACCCUUCAGUUUUCUGACUCAACCUGACGGGGCUAGUUUGAUCAGACACACUUUUUUACACAGAUAGCCAUAUCUGCAUUGUUCCUACACCUAGUGAUGUGCAGAAGGAUAUGCUGCUGCAUCCCUUCUGGGAUGUACCUAGUGAUGCAGAGAGGCUGCAGUACCUUAYCAAGCCUACAGCCUAAAGGUGUUCCUUACAGGGCAGAUUUCUUAGGUUAGAACACAGGUGACUACCCACAUGUACGACAGCGACAGGCUGUUCCCAUCCUAUCUUUUUACCUGAGGUGGUUUUUCAUCUGAGGCAAACAGACACUACAUUUAGCAGAUUUUGAGUGUCUGAUUCAUCCUGCCUAACCAUAGGCAUGUGUGCCUCCAACAAUCCACACAGAGUCAAAGAGUUCCUCUGCUUUGUCAUAAAUGAGUACUGAAACUGCAAAAUACUUGUAGCAUACAUUACAUCAGGUGGUGGUGCUGAGCAUCUCCCACCUUUGCUGAUGAAUGUCACAAUAUGCCAUCACGGCUCUCUGUGAAAAGGGAAAGUCACCCACAAUGGAAAAGGGGCAUUUGCUAGCUGCUUUAAAGCUUUUGGGGAUUUGCUAGCUAAAUGCAAUUUGAACACAUUGUCAUAAAUAUAUUUAAUUCUUGAAGCUAAACAAAUGUGCAGGUAGAUUAAUUUUCCCUUGGAUUUACUUUUAUUUUCCAAAACACCUCGUUACUCCCAGUGGCAGAGCUUCUGAAAGUGGCCUUAAACAUCUGAAAUUACAUUAAAAAAAACCCCAAACAACUAGUGUUCUGUAAAAUCAAAAUAACCUUCMGCUAAGUGUUUGGUCCUUUGAAUGUUCAACAGCUUAAUUCUUUCUGUUCACAACAACAUUUUGCUUGCAGCUCUUUAAGCUUUUGAUUACGAAGUACGAGUUUUUGCACCAGUUUUACACAGUCAAUCAAUGUAAAAUUAUGACACACACAGUGGGGAAAAACAGGCUCUUGACACCUCCUUUGAUAUCCAGAGGGAUAAAGCAUWCAACAGAAUUCACCCCAGGAACAGGGAUUAGCCCUCUAGCUCUUGCACCRUUAGUCAAAUUUUUCACUUGGAAUAAUUAUUUCAAGAAUGCGAAUGAUGUUUUCAAUGUCAAAGUUAUCCAUGUGUCAUUWAUAGUGUGAAUUAUUUUGUAGGAGUGUAAAAGCCCUUAAAGGAAGCAUAAAGACUCUUCUAAAUUAUUAGUUUUAUAAAAUUCCUAAAACUGAAAGUAAUUGCCUUUAAUUAAUUGCCUUUCCUUCUGACUCAGACUAAUUUUAUUAACAUUUUUUCUUUGCUAUUGGCAAAUAACAUUCGUUAUCUUUUUUUUUUUUUUUUGGCAGACAUGUUUGAUAUACAAUUUUGGUGUUUCUGUGUAGUAUUUCAGACUUUUAAAGAAAUACAAACUAAUGAAUUGGCACUGUGCUCACAAAACUCAAUAUCACAUAUGAUAAGGACUAAGAUCGGUCUUGAUGAUACUAUACAACUACAAAGAUUAUUUAAUAAAAAUGCAGUGAAUUAACCUUAUAUGAUGUUAAAAGAGGAUAUAUGUGUUUAUGGAACAAACU